CAAGAAUAUUGUUUUGUGCUCUUUCUCGAGGCACAAAGCCUCCUCUUCUUCUCUCUUCUUUUCCACAAUCCAGCCCUCGAUUCUUGCCUUUUUACGAUCCUCUUCAUCAACGUACUGCUCCCGAUUCCUAAUUUAAUGAUAAUCUCGGAGCUUUUCUUAUUUCAAUCCUGCUAGAUUUCUGGUUUUCCUGGAUUGCUAGCGUCUGAGAAACAAGGUGACUUUGUUGCCCUAUCUAGCUAGAGUUUGAAACAUUUGAGGACCUGAUUCUUGGUUCUCGUUCAAUUGCUAGACUUGUGGAAAUCAAGGUGAUUUUGUUGCCAGUUGCCGCAUCUAGCAAUAUUUUGGAACAUUUGACAAUACUCCUGAAACCAUACAGUUUGAUCCUUUUUUUUCUGUUGAGAAGAAUUUAUGGACAAGCAGAUAAUGGAUUUGACCUCUUCUUCAACUGCACAUGAUUUGGUGUCGUCUUCUUCUCUGAAGCCCAUCACCAGCAGCAGCAGCAGAGAUUUUAUAGAUUUGAUGAAUCCUCCCCAGGAUGACAAUCAACACCAUCACAACCAACAGGCUCAGUAUAAUUCCAAUACUAGUUCCAACUUUGGAAGUGUUGGUGAUAAUGGGAUUAGGAAGGAGGAGAUUGUUCCCAGUUAUGAUUUUCAGCCAAUUCGUUCUGUUGCCUCAAGUCUUGAUUCUUCUGUUGUGAGCCUCGGGGCUCCAACUGCUUCCUCUAGGGUUUGGAACUCGGCUGAAUUUGUAUCUAACUCUGUUCGCAAUUCUGCUGCCUUGCCUAUCAGAAAUUAUGGUUCUUUGGACUCUAUUGAACCUGCAAAAGUUAUUGUUGAGAAGGAUCAAAAUGCUUCUGAUGUAGCAAUACUGUCUGAGAUUGAUAAAUCAAUGAAGAAAUAUGCUGAUAAUUUGUUGCAUAUUCUGGAAGGUGUCAGUGCACAACUGACACAACUUGAGAGCAGAACCCGCCGCCUUGAGAAUUCUGUGGAUGAUUUGAAGCUGUCUGUUGGAAACAAUCAUGGACACACAGAUGGGAAAAUGAGGCAACUGGAGAACAUUUUGACAGAGGUGCAAACAGGCGUACAUCUUUUGAAGGAGAAGCAGGAAAUAGUUGAGGCUCAGCUGCAACUUGCAAAGCUGCAAGUAUCCAAGGGAGACCGGCAACAAUCAGAAACCCAAAACCACAUGGGCAGUGUGCAGCAAGCAGCACCUGCCCCUCCACAGUCUCACCACCAGCAGCAAGCAGCAUCUGCCCCUCCGCCAUCUCACCAGCAGCUGCAGCAAGCAGCAUCUGCUCCUCCACCGUCUCACCAGCAGCUUCCUCCUGUCACUUAUCCACAAUCCGUUCCUCCUGUUCCUCCUACUGUCCCUCCGCCACCUAUUACCCAACAGAACUUACCGCCUCCAGCUCCACUUCCAAACCAGUUGCACCAGAGUCAGAUUCCCUCUGUCCCUCAGAGAGAGCCUUACUAUUCAUUGCCUGGUCAAACACAAGAACCUCCAAAUCCACAAUACCAGGUUUCUCCAUCACAGCAGUCAAAGCCUUCUCAUACAGCACUGCCACAUCAAUCAUAUCAACUUGCCCCUCAACAAUACUCUCAGCCACCCCAGUUGCCUCCACCACAAUCUCAACCUUCAUUUUCAUUAGGCCACCAUCCAGAAGAGGGGCCUUAUGUUCCCACUCAGAGUUAUCCGACAAGCUUACUCCAGUCAUCCUCUCAGCCAGCUAGUGGAGCUCCUCCCCAUGGUGCUCCUGUUAUAUUUGAACCACCAUCCACUAGACCAAGUUCAGGGUUUUCAGCUGGAUAUGGCCCACCUUCCGGGCCUAUUGAACCAUACCCUUACGGUGGACCAACUUCUCAGUAUGGUGGCAACCCUCAAAUGAAACCACAGCAGCUGUCUCACAGUGGUGGAAGUGGGUACCCUCAGCUUCCCACUGCUCGGAUAUUACCACAAGCGUUACCUACUGCUUCUGGGGUCAGUGAUGGGUCUGGAUCUUCUGGGACUGGAAACAGGGUUCCCAUUGAUGAUGUGGUUGACAAAGUGACAAGCAUGGGAUUUCCAAGGGAACAUGUUAGAGCAAUUGUUAGGAAGUUGACAGAGAAUGGUCAAUCAGUUGAUCUGAACAUAGUGUUGGAUAAGCUGAUGAAUGGUGGUGAAGUCCAGCCUCCGAGAGGUUGGUAUGGUCGGUGACAUCCUUCUGUUCACACUGAUGUAUAUAGUUAUUACCUGUUUCUGGAUUGACUUUGCGGAGGGAGACUAUUUGCAGUCGUUGUCCCCUGGACUGGAUGCUUCUUUUCUCACAAUUUGUUUCUAGUUUAUUGGUUGUGUUAAAAUUUCAUUCAUACUUGAUAGUUGAGAGUCUUGUGAAUACACAAUAAUUUGAAGAGGUUAUCUGUGUUCUUUUUGUUUA